AUGCUUAUUAAACAAUUUUUCCCUAAACAUAUCAAAUCAAUUUUUUUCAGAAAAUUCACAACAACUGAUACUCCAAAGAAUUAUUAUGCAGUUCUUAAUAUACCAGAGAAAUCCACAGAAUUAGAAAUUCGCCAAGCAUAUUUGAGGUUAGUUAAAAAGCAUCACCCUGAUUGCCCUGCAGGUAAUUCUGAAAAAUUCAAGCAAGUAAAUGAAGCAUAUAAAAUCCUUACUCUCCUUUAAGAUCGUACGAAAUUUUAUACUCGCUCUUAAAGGGGCUAAAUAUAUUAUUAUCAUAAAAUUAUGUAUUAAAUCGGAAUUUAAAAGAAUUUUAAUAUAUUUGAUAAGAAAAUCUUUAUUUAAUUUAUAAUAUUUUUUUUAGAAUGCAGACAAUCUAUAAUUUAAUAGAACUAGCUAGCAAAUCUCAUUAUAUCAAUUAUAUAUAUUUUAUAAAAAAAUAUAUUUAAUAAAAUAAUUUUUUGCUCACUCUUAAAGGGUUAAAUUCCCAAAAUUUUUUUGUUUAUUCUGAAAGGAGGAAUGUUAGCGAUAAGUCACUUCGCUCUCUAUAUGACUCUGGCAACUUUUAUCCAAAAGGAAUUAAAACAAAUAAUCGAGACCCUUACAAGAAUUCCCAAGACCAAAAAAAUCUGCAUGAAGAAUGACUCAGACAAAAAGAAAAACGAUCUAAAAAAUCUGAAGAAAGGCAGAAUAUUUAUUAUAAUGGUAAAAGCAUCGAUGAGAUUUUUAAACAAGAAAAAGAAAGGCAAAGAAAAUAUCAAAUGCUUAUAAGAGAUCACAAUAAAGAAGAAAAACAUACUUGGCUUAGCGAUACUUUUGCUGUUAUUUAUACAAUUGUAGUUACAGGGUUAAUUUUUUACACAGUUUAUCUUAUAGUAAACAAUGUAAGACAACGAAAAAAAAUUGAGGAAAAUUUGCACAGCAUUAAAAUGUGGAAAUUACAAAAAGAAAUAGAGAGACUCAAAGAAAUUAACCAGUCUCAAAGUGAGACUAUAGAUAAACCAUCAUAA